CCUUGUUGUAGUAAAUCGCGCAGUGUUUCCAAUGUCGAAAUAUAAACAUUCUAUGACUUUAUGAAUGAAAGUGCGUUUAUUAGUUAUGUGGCCCAAAUCACACACUGUGAAAAGGGAUAUUUACAGACGGCGAUCCUCUACCGGUUGAUAAAAUCCUUCAGCCUUACGAACCACCACUACCGAAAAAGGAAAAAUGGGCUUUUGACAAGAUUUACAUGAUUAAUCUUUUGCGAAGACCUGAGAGAAGAAAGAGAAUGAUGCGUUGUUUUGAUGAGCUGGGGUUGGAAGUGGAAAUCUUGGAUGCUGUCGACGGAAGACACCUAAGCGACGACGUUUUAGAAGAAAUUAAAUUCCUGCCGGGGUACGCUGAUCCGUAUCAUAAAAGGCCCAUGACGUUGGGUGAAAUCGGAUGUUUUCUCAGCCAUUACAAUAUAUGGGAAGAGGCUUAUGAAAAAGGAUACGAGAAAGUGAUGGUGUUAGAAGAUGACAUUAGGUUUGAAGCAUAUUUUAGAUCAAGAAUGGAAAGAUUGAUGGAAGAAGUGGAGGAUAUUCCAGGGUGGGAUUUAAUAUACUUGGGUCGAAAACGAAUGGAACAUGCGGACGAACCAUGGGUUUCUGAUUCCCUUGUGCGAGCAGCCUACUCCUACUGGACUUUAGGUUACGUUAUUAGUAAAAGUGGAAUAAAGAAGCUUUUAGAAGCAGAUCCUCUUUCAAAAUUGCUUCCGGUUGACGAAUUUCUUCCAAUAAUGUUUGAUAGACACCCUGAAGAGUCGUGGAAAAAUCAUUUUCCAAAGAGGGAUUUACUCGCGUUAUCUGCCGCUCCUCUCCUUGUUUAUCCAAUGAGAUAUACGGGAGAGGAAGGAUAUAUAAGUGACACUGAAGAUUCAAAAGUAGUCUCGUUGGAAUUGGAAAAUAGUAUUAAAGCUGACGAAUUCAGAUAAUAGACUUUAUCAUCGCCUUGUGCCAGACAAGUGCCAUAUAUGAUGGAUUUGUGCCACUUUCUUCAUAUUGUUCUCUAAAACUAAGUCAUUUUUAUACACUGCCCACUUUUGAUACGUAUUUUUAAUUUAUGUAUAUGUUAUAUGUGUGCUUAUUGUGUCCUAAUCAACAGUUAACUACUCAUUGGAAAAUAUAAAGUUUGUUAGCUAGUAAGUUACGUGUAUAUUGCAAACAUUGAAAUGUGCAUAUAUUUUAGUAAAUUGUAAUCAUAAUUUAAAUUCCCUACAGGACGGAUUUUAGUAGGUACUUUUCCUGAUGAAGUAACGAAUAAAUUUUUAUUUAUA